AUGGAAUUCUGGAACUCCACCUUGGGAAGUGGCUUCAUUUUGGUGGGGAUUCUGGAUGACAGUGGCUCUCCUGAACUGCUCUGUGCUACAAUCACAACCCUGUACACAUUGGCUUUGACUAGCAAUGGACUGCUGCUCCUGGUCAUCACCAUGGAUGUGCGGCUCCAUGUGCCCAUGUACCUUCUACUUGGGCAGCUUUCUCUCAUGGACCUCCUCCUGACAUCAGUCAUCACUCCCAAGGCUAUCAUGGAUUUUCUGCUCAAAGACAACACUAUCUCCUUUGGAGGUUGUGCCUUUCAGAUGUUUCUAGAACUGGCACUGGGUGGUGCAGAGGACCUCCUUCUGGCCUUUAUGGCCUAUGACAGGUAUGUGGCCAUUUGUCACCCUCUGAAUUACAUGAUCUUCAUGAGGCCAAGUGUCUGCUGGUUUAUGGUAGCCACAUCAUGGAUCCUGGCAUCCCUGAUGGCCCUAGUAUUUACCAUCUACACUAUGCAGUAUCCCUUCUGCAAAUCUAGGGAGAUCAGACACCUGUUCUGUGAGAUACCUCCUUUGCUGAAGCUGGCAUGUGCAGAUACAUCCACAUAUGAGCUUAUGGUUUAUUUGACAGGUGUCUCUGUGUUGAUUCUCCCUCUUGCUGUUAUCCUAGCCUCUUAUGUGCGAAUUCUUUUCACUGUACUCCACAUGCCCUCACAUGAGGGCAGGAAGAAAGCCCUUGUCACCUGUUCUUCCCACCUGAUUGUGGUUGGGAUGUGGUAUGGGGGUGCUUCCUUCAUGUAUGUUCUUCCCAGUCAAUUCCACAGUCCCAAACAAGAUAAUGUCCUCUCUGUUUUCUAUACUAUUGUCACUCCAGCUCUGAAUCCCCUCAUCUAUAGCCUGAGGAAUAAGGAAGUCACUGGGGCUUUAAGGAGAAUUCUUGGAAAAUGGUUGUUGCCAACCUAAUCUACUUUCUUGGUAGUUCUUUCUAAUAGCCACCUUCUAAACUUCCUCCUCAGUCAGCUUUCAGCUAUGAAUUUAAUACUCCU